AUGUAUAUAAAAAAUUCGCUUUACUUUAAUGUAACAGAAAUCCAGCUUACUCAUGCAUCCUGCUUACAGUUAACUAUAAAUAACAAUAUUCUCAUUUUAGGUAUUUAUCGCUCACCGUCAAAUAACAAUGCAGACUGCUUCAUUCAGUCAUUAAACUUACAUCUAGAAAAAAUUAAAUCUUACAAAAAUAUUACCGUAACGGGUGACAUAAAUAUAAACACUAUACCAAAAUCCUUAGAAAAUACUAACGAACGCAAUAAUAGAAUAAGUUAUCUGAAUAUGAUUACUCAUCAUGGUCUGCUUCCUGGUCAUUCGUUUCCAACCCGACAAGACAAUUGUCUAGAUCAUAUUCUCCUAAAAUUGGAAAAAUCUAAACAUUCUGCGUUUAUAGCCGUAUUGAAUACUACUAUCACCGAUCACCUCAUGGUACUUUUAUGCUUAUCAAACGAUGACAGACGAUGCCCAAAAAUGAAAACUAUUACAGACUAUAAUGAAGCACUACAAAAUUUUGCUAAUAAAAAUUUAUAUACUCUACUUAGUAACAAUAAACCAGAACUAUUAAUUGAAAAGUUAACAAAUGAAAUUAAGGAUUCAUUAGAUAAAAACACUAGAACUAUACUACUACCUAAAAAUAAACGCGUUAUUAAACCAUGGAUAGCUCCAGGAAUUCUGCGCUGCAUUCGACAUAGAAAUAAAUUACAAAAAAGAGUGCGUCACAACCCAUCCGACGAAAAUUUAAAAAAUGUAUAUAAAAGGUAUCGAAAUUUUUGUUAUAACUUAAUAAUUCUUUUCUUGUCAGUAUUGGGGAAUCCUUGGCCAAAGAUAUUCUUCAAAAUAAAAAUGCAGCAACUAUCAUCUACGCAAGUUACCACAUCCUACACACACUAUUCUUCUUUUGGCUUGCUCGACACAGAUGUCAAAGAAGUUAGUGCAAUACUUAUGAGCCUGAAGACCAGUAGUGCGUCGGGAUGGGAUAACAUUCCUACGGAAUUCCUCAAACUUGCUAAUAACUUAAUAACUCCUAUUAUUGUGCACCUUGCAAAUCUAUGUUUUAGUACAGGUAUUUUCCCCUCACUCUUAAAAAAAUCAGUCAUAACACCUGUGCAUAAAUGUGGUAACAGAGAUGAUGUCAGCAACUACAGACCGAUUUCAGUACUCCCUGCUAUCUCAAAAAUAAUAGAAAAAAUAAUUAAUAACCGACUACUAAGCUACCUAGAACAACGCACUAUACUAUCAAAAUCUCAGUUUGGUUUUAGGCGAGGAAAAUCCACUGAAGAUGCUGUCACAAAUCUUACUACACUAAUAAUAGAAAAACUGGAUACUAACAAGAAAUGUCUUACUGUCUUCCUUGAUCUAAAAAAGGCAUUUGACACUGUUUCUGUUCCCAUACUCUUACAUAAACUAGAAUCUAUCGGAAUGAGAGAUACAACAUUAUCUUUGUUCCAGAGCUACUUAAGUGGUCGUACUCAAAUGGUUAAGAUUGAUAAAUACAUCAGUAAUGAAUUAAAUAUCAAUUACGGUGUCCCCCAGGGAAGCGUUCUUGGCCCUACUUUAUUUUUGGUGUACAUUAAUGAACUUUGCAAUCUCAAGAUAAGAAAUGGACAUAUUUUCUCGUACGCAGAUGAUACUGCAAUUGUAUUUACUGAUAACUCUUGGGAAGAUGUCCGUUACCACGCUGAGAAAGGGCUCAGAAAUAUUGCUAGGUGGCUAAAUUCAAACCUUCUAACGCUUAAUACGUAGCUAUUUCGGAUUGUGUAAGCCAAUGGAAAGCCAUCGGUUGGGCAUAGUUAGUUCAUUACGAUUAGAUCGUUAUUUUUAUACGAAGAGUGAAUGAUUUGAUAUGAUUUGACAGUUAUUUGCGAUUGUCUUCGAAUUGUGUAAAGUUUUAUGUUCAUGGCUUAUGUCAAAAACUUACGAUGGGUCUUGAGUCACCUUUGAUCGUAAAACGGACAAAUUGUGGAUGUCCAAAAUUCCAAAAUAAUUAUUUAUAUUUUAUUAAAUAUCUAAAAUUAAUGUUUUUUUCCAUUCUAAAUCUCUCAAUUCAGUCUCCCCGACCACAGUUAGCAUUUUUAGGACGAAACUUGGCGAAGUGUUUAGUGCUUUGUUUGUAAACAAUGAACUCUCUUAGAAAGAGUAAUAAAUAAUAUAUUCUUUGCAGUGAACCUAUAAAGUCAAAACAAUGAAGUUAAUUCAGUGCUAUUAAUCGAUUUAUAUAGGAUGCUGAGACUUGGACUCUGAGAGAAAGUGAGAAAAAGAAGAUACACACUCUAGAAAUGUGUUGUAGAAGAACGCUUGCAUAUCCUGGACACAGUUUCGAAACAACAUCUCACUCCUCCAAGAACUGGGGAUCAAACAGCAUCUUUCUUCCAGCAUCUAAUGUCUUACACACACUUCUUUGGACGUACUAGACAAAGAGACGAUAAGUCCAUAUCCUUAGAGAGACAUAAACUCACUACCUACGAUAUUUAAUACCUUAUCAUGUUGUAGAUUUCUGCGACAUCUUGCAUGUUGUUGUAUCCAAUGUGUUUGGAUUUGUGUUCCUGGGCUUAUGUGUGUGGUUUAGUUAAGUUUACUUAAGUUUGCUGGCUAUUAAGCAAAAAGGAAUCGAAUUUCAUUUUUAAAAGUAUGAUUAUGCCAAACGAACUCUUUCGUCAUCGCUCAUAGGAGAUUUGGAAUAUGCCCUAUAACUGCAGACUCCAAUAUUGCAAAUAGCACCUGCAAUACAGUGGAAUAACAUAUUGGUGUGCUGAAGAAAAGAUGGCAAAGGCUUUUAGCUGAUAGGAUAUUGUAAUGAUGACCCUGUUCUGUUCAAAUCAUAAAUGUGUGUGUAUUAUCAAAAUAUUUGCAUAGAUUGUGAAAUGCUGAUGAUAUUUAAUUUGGUUGGAUUUUGAUAUUUGAAAAUAAAAGAAUACUUACUUUGC